UAGUUUUCUAUCUCUAGGGUGACGUUUUGCUGGCGGCUGAGCGGCAAGUCUUUCCGGGAGAGCGGCCAUAACGCUAUGAAAAAGCAGAGGUGACAAGUCUGCGCAACGAAUGAGGGCCGCUGCCGUCGCUCUCCCACUUCCAGCGGCGAGCUCCCUGCUUCCCGGUCUAUUUCCAUUUAAGCAGCCAGCUGUUUUGCAAGAGAGGCCGCUUGCUGCUAUUGCUGCUGGCUGGUCCUGCGGCAGAAGAAUUUAUUCUUUGCAGAUUAGCUCAUCAUCCCUCACCCUUCAACUGGAAAGCCUGCAGAAAAGUGGAGCUCAGAACUCAAUUGAUUUAGCAAAGCAUCCCGCUUUCUGGGCUUAUUUUCAACAAUCAUAGAAUUGGACGCAAGUAGAGUUUAACUCAGCCUGCCCUUAGAGCUACACGCUGCAGCUGUUUUUCUGCAAUAGCUGCGCAGCGGCUGAAGAGCAACAUAAGGUGGAGAGAUUGCAUCGCCUUUUUUCCUGGCUUGCUUUUUACAGUAUUAUGCUCCUAGGCCAAGCAAUGAAGUGAUAAGGAAAAAAGAAUACUGUCAGUCGAUUUAGCUUUGCACCUUGGAGAUUUCCACUAGAGAGCUAUCUAUUUGAUUAUUAUUUUUUUAACCUUCUUCUCCCAUUUAAUGCAGAUCAGGCAGGACGGGAACAAUUGGUAACAUUUCUUGCUAAAUUACAAAAUGUUCAGCUGGCUGGGUAAUGAAGAUGGGCGAAGGAAGGACCCGGAGGUGUAUCAGACUGUGAGUGGAGGUCUUAAAAAACUGUACAAAACCAAGCUUCUCCCUCUGGAAGAACACUACAAAUUCCACGCCUUUCAUUCACCUGCCUUGGAAGAUGCGGACUUUGACAACAAGCCUAUGGUCCUUCUUGUUGGGCAGUAUUCCACCGGGAAGACCACCUUCAUAAGGUACCUUCUUGAACAAGAUUUCCCUGGGAUGAGGAUUGGGCCAGAACCUACAACUGACUCCUUCAUUGCUGUGAUGCGGGACGAUACGGAGGGCAUCAUUCCUGGAAAUGCGUUGGUAGUGGAUCCCAAAAAGCCCUUCAGGAAACUUAAUGCUUUUGGCAAUGCCUUCUUGAACAGAUUUAUGUGUGCUCAGCUUCCAAAUCCUGUAUUGGAGAGUAUCAGUAUUAUUGAUACACCGGGGAUCCUUUCAGGGGAGAAACAAAGAAUUAGCCGAGGUUAUGACUUUGCUGCUGUCCUUGAGUGGUUUGCCGAGCGGGUGGACCGCAUCAUUCUCCUCUUCGACGCCCACAAGCUAGACAUCUCAGACGAGUUCUCGGAAGUCAUCAAAGCCCUGAAGAACCAUGAAGAUAAAAUGAGGGUUGUGCUCAACAAAGCUGACCAGAUCGAGACCCAACAGCUUAUGAGGGUUUAUGGCGCGCUCAUGUGGUCUCUGGGGAAGAUUGUCAACACGCCUGAGGUAGUGAGGGUCUAUAUCGGUUCCUUCUGGUCACACCCGUUGCUCAUCCCAGAUAACCGCAAGCUUUUUGAGGCAGAGGAGCAAGAUCUCUUCAAAGAUAUCCAAAGUUUGCCCCGCAAUGCUGCUCUUCGGAAACUCAAUGAUCUCAUUAAACGGGCACGGCUAGCCAAGGUUCAUGCGUACAUCAUUAGCUCACUUAAGAAGGAAAUGCCAUCAGUGUUUGGCAAAGACAAUAAGAAGAAAGAGCUCGUGAACAAUUUGAGGGAGAUCUAUGGACGGAUCGUACAGGAGCAUCAGAUUUCACCAGGAGACUUCCCUAAUCUGAAGAAGAUGCAGGAGCAGCUGCAAGCUCAGGAUUUCAGCAAGUUCCAGCCCCUAAAGACCAAGUUGCUGGACGCAGUCGAGGAUAUGCUGACCAAUGACAUCGCACAGCUCAUGGUUCUGGUGCGUCAGGAGGAGUCCCGGAGGCCUGCUCAGAUGGUGAAAGGGGGAGCCUUUGAAGGCACCCUCCAUGGCCCAUUUGGACAUGGCUAUGGGGAAGGGGCAGCAGAAGGAAUUGAUGAUACGGAUUGGGUGGUGGCCAGAGAUAAGCCCCUGUACGACGAGAUCUUCUACACGCUGUCGCCCGUUGAUGGGAAAAUAACGGGGGCCAAUGCCAAAAGGGAGAUGGUGAAGUCCAAGCUGCCUAACUCAGUGCUGGGCAAGAUAUGGAAACUCUCUGAUAUCGAUGAGGAUGGGAUGCUGGAUGAUGAGGAAUUUGCUUUGGUGAAUCAUCUUAUAAAAGUGAAGCUGGAAGGUCAUGAGCUUCCCGGGAAUCUCCCAUCCCAUCUCAUCCCCCCAUCUAAGAGGAAACUAGCUGGGUGAGAAGCCACCAGUAAGAAAUGGGGAACAGGAAGAAGGGAAGGGAGAGGGAUAUACCAAAGUUGUGCCUGCAGUGGUGCUAGGUCACCUUUUGGCUUAGCACCAUUUUCAGGUGUGAAGAAGAAACUGAUGUGAAGCAAAGCCCCUGUACUUUCUCGUGAUGAGAUGCAACUAGCUCUGCCCUGGUAUCUUCCAGGCCUCCAGGUAUUUGUUGAUAAGAACUGAUACAGAUUGAAGGUGCAAAGUUGGCUGGGAUCUGGAGAGCUUUGUGAUAGUUUCUGCCACUGUUCAGUCAAGCAAUUCCUGUUGCAUAUAAUAUCCCUGAUGCUUUAGAGAAGCAUUCCAAUCCCUGAUGGACGCCAAAACUCUGGAUGGGAGUUGUGCUUAAAACUUACCUAGAUCUUAAGUAUUUUUUGUGAAAUAAUCUUUACUUUCUGUUCAGCCUUCCUGUCUGUUGUGCCUUUUUAAAAAAAAAAAAAAUUGAGUACAGGAAGCAUGGGCGUA